AUGCGCCUAGAGUGCCCUGUUAGGGUGAAUGAGAAUGAGGUGGUUAAGGAGUGUCCAGCGUGUAUCCUAUCUGGAGGCGGUGAGAAGAUUGGAAGUAACGAAUGGCGGGGAAGAAACAAUGGUAAUAGAGCCACCACGACCAGUGAAGGUUUCUCAUCAACCGAGGGAUAGUGAAAUACUACAUGUUAAAAAGGUGGACUUUGUAUUAUUUAUUGCAAUGGUCAUAAACCGUACAGCACACGUGGAGAAGAAGUCUAAGAAAAUUGGAAUCAUUGUGAAUGCAGCUGAACGUUUUUUGGGUCUUUGUGAUUUCACGGCCGUGCAAGAAAUCCUGUCAGUGAAUGGACCGCCAUCUGUGUAGGGAUGUAUUUUGGAGUGGACUGUGAUUGAAGAAGUGGGAUGGGUUUUCUUAGUUGACCUGUUUUAUUUUUUAUGAUGUCGUUUUGUCGCAAUGUUUUUUAAAGUUUCUUAUUCAAUACACCAGCCAGCUGGUGGCGAUAAUGAACCAUUAACAUUGGAUGACAACCGCCGCUAAACCCCAUCGAAUAAGAAGCAUGUGCUGUCGCGAAAUCAGGAUUGUCGAAUGACACUAAAGUACUGUAGCCUACUCCGGUUUACUUUUGUGUAUUAUAUUAUAGUCUACACAUCCAAGAGUCACUCUCAUUGAACAAAGACUCAAACGGGUAGGUAACAUGUCCAUAUUUGAUUUAUUCUGUUAUAAUGCUGUAUGCUAUGUUGUGUUGGCGCUGUAUUAUCAGUUUCCUUCUGAGAUAGCCUGUGAGAAUGCCUGUAGAUCUUUUGUCACUAACAACAACAUUAACUGAAUCUUUAUCUCACUUUUAGCUAGUUGAAUCCAAGAAAAUGGUGGCUGGUGAGUAUAGUUCAUUGUUUGGGGUUAGUUUUGGCAAGGUAACUGCUUUGUCAAGAAAAAUAUUGCAUUAGUUUAGUUAACCAUAAUGAUGAUGACCUAUGUACUGAAUGCUUGUUUCUCUAUUUAGUAUCGGUGAUUGCCAUGGCAGUUGGAACUGGUAAAGUGUCCUUUUACCAAUUCUUCUAAGAAUGAAUAGCCUACAGAUACAUGACUGUAAAAAGGGCUAGCUGGAGCCAUCUGAGCGGUUGGCCUUAGAUGCCCUCACCAAUUAGUGACUUAAUGCUGACUCUACUUUGGUCUGACCCCACUACAGGCGGUCCGGCAAGAACCAGGCAGAUGUGUUCAUAUCCAGAGUUUUACCACCACCCAUAGUAUUAACACACAGACACACUCUUCAUUUAUUUAGAAAUAUACUUUUUCUAAACGGAAUAACUAACUUUUGAGGUAUGACAUGCUGUAUGUGAACCUAACAGUUGGAUAUUAAAUAUUACCCAUCUAAGAGAGAAGUUGUUGGGCUCAUCCUUAUAUCCAUGCCUUCCAGUACUAUUAGUAACUAAGCAUCGUUUAGCAGCACAAAACCCCCAACAGUAGGCCCAACUAUUCCUGCCAUCCAGGACCUCUAUACCAGGCGGUGUCAGAGGAAGGCCCUCAAAAUUGUCAGACUCCAGCCACCCUAGUCAUAGACUGUUCUCUCUGCUACCGCACGGCAAGCGGUACCGGAGUGCCAAGUCUAGGUCCAAAAGACUUCUCAACAGCUUCUACCCCCAAGCCAUAAGACUCCUGAACAGCUAAUCAUGGCUACCCGGACUAUUUGCACUGCCCCCCCCACCCCAUCCUUUUUACGCUGCUGCUACUCUGUUAAUUAUUUAUGCAUAGUCACUUUAACUCUACCCACAUGUACAUAUUACCUCAACUACCUCAACUAGCCGGUUUUACUUCUGCUCUUUUUUUCUCAAUACUUUUUUGUUGUUGUUGUUUUAUCUUUACCUUUCUUGUUAAAAAUAAAUGCACUGUUGGUUAAGGGCUGUAAGUAAGCAUUUCACUGUAAUGUCUGCACCUGUUGUAUUCGGCGCAUGUGACCAAUAAAAUUUGAUUUGAUUUGAUUUGAACUCACUUUCUUAGACGCACGCACAAUCUUCCUAGUGAACAGUCAACUUGGUCACCAGCCAAAACUUGCGUUGUCUUCUUCCGAUUAAAACACUCUGACCUGGGGUGGAAGGGGUCAGUCCAAGUGUCCAUUCGGGCAAGUUGAUUGUUGGAAACCAGGAGGCUAAGAUAGACAGCUGAGAAGGGAAGAAGUGACUUGCACAUGGCUUUUAUUUGAUAUAUAUAUAUAUAUAUAUAUAUAUAUAUAUAUAUACUUACAAUGAGGGGAUUCAAUUAAUCUGGCCCGAGCACCUGGGUAGGUGUGUUUUGCACCGGGUGAAAGUUGAUUGCAUUCGUUUUGGAACCGGGCUGCUUCCUGGGCGUGAGCCAGGUGCCCCGUUCAAAGCCCAUGGCCAUGUCAUCUCAAAACAAUAUUGACGUAAUUAAGCACAUGGAGUAAUGAGUAUGAUUCUGUGUUUUCACAUGUACAAUUGAUUUGCUUUUGAUAAAAAUGCUUUAUCUGCCUUCCAAAUGAAAAGUAAUUUGAAAAUUCUAACAUAUAUGUUGUAUGUUUCUGGACGAUGCACCAUGCUGCUUUGUUGACAACAUAAGAGUGCCGCAAAUUACUGUUCAAUUUAAGAAGGGCGCUCCUCCCUCACCGCUUUUGCCCGUUCACGUCACGGGCCAUAGACUGGUGGCCCGUGACUCAGCAUAAUGGAAUCCUGAUAUUUGUUACUACAAAACUCCAAUGUCAAAACAAAUGUUUGUCACUUUAUUACAAUUUAAACAACAGAAUGGGGAGACAUGUCUACAAUCUGCAUUCUGCACUAUAAUUUUGCCCUCGUGCACAUGACAGUAGUGCCAUAUCUGCUUAUGGGAGGUGUGACCCAGAACUCCUGUGUUUUUGUUUGCUUGUUGAAAGGUUUGUUGUUUGGGCCUGACAGGUACAGCUGCAAUGCUCAUGGCCCCUGUUGCUUUGGGAGUGAUGGGGUUUGGUGCUGGUGGGGUUGCAGCUGGAUCAACCGCAGCAGGCAUGAUGUCUUCUGCAGCCGUGGCCAAUGGAGGUGGGGUAGCAGCAGGGAGCCUUGUUGCUGCUCUACAGUCAGCAGGUAAAGAUGACAAGAAAUUGAAUUUUUCAAUGUAAUGUAAACUAAAUUCAUCAGGACAGUCUUGUGGUUCUGUCAUGAUUUUAACUAGUGUGUUUGACAUAAAUAGGCCUAAUCUGGUUGCUGUUCCUCUAGGAGCUGCAGGACUCACUAGUGUGGCCACAGUGUUUGUGGGAAGUGUAGGAGCGGCAGCCGGUGGAGCGGUGGGAUGGGUGACGUCGAAGUUCAGGGGGUGA